AUGAGCGCAGGCAAAGCAGGCAUCCCCCUCCUGCUCCCCCUGGCUCUGCUGCUGGCUGCCGCCUCCCAGCCCCCCGGGGGGGACGCCCCGAAGGAGCCGGGGGACGGGGACGGUCCCCGCUGCCCCAGCCCCUGUGCCUGCAGCCUGGACGAUUACAGCGAGGAGCUGAACGUCUUCUGCAGCAGCCGCAACCUGACACGGCUGCCCGAGGACCUGCCCCACAAUGCCAAAGCCCUGUGGCUGGACGGCAACAACUUCACGCUGCUGCCGGCCGCUGCCUUUAGGAAUUUAUCAGCCCUGGACUUCCUGGACCUGCAGAGCAGCCAGCUGGGCUCCGUGGAGCAGCACGCCUUCCACGGGCUGCGCAGCCUCUACCACCUGCACCUGGAACGCAACCGCCUCAAGCACCUGGCCCCGCACACCUUCCUGCACACCCAGAACCUCGUGUCCCUCAGCCUCAACAACAACCACUUCAGCAAGGUGGAGGAAGGGCUUUUCGCUGGGCUCUCCAACCUCUGGUACCUGAACCUAGGCUGGAACUCACUGGUGGUGCUGCCUGACAAGGUGUUCCAUGACCUGCCCAAUCUGAGGGAGCUGAUCCUGGCCGGGAACAAACUGCCUUACCUGCAGCACCAGCUCUUCUGCAGCCUCACCGAGCUGAAGGAGCUGGACCUGAGCGGGAACGCGCUCAAGGGCAUCAAGAUCAACAUCUUUGUCAAGCUGCAGAAGCUGCAGAAGCUGUACCUGAACCACAACCAGAUCAACGCCAUCGCACCGCGCGCCUUCAUGGGCAUGAAGUCCCUGCGCUGGCUGGACCUGUCCCACAACCGCCUGGUCUCGCUCUACGAGGACACCUUCCUGGGCCUCCUGAGCCUGCAUGUCCUGCGCUUGUCCACCAACUCCAUCACCAGCCUGAGGCCCAGGACCUUCAAGGACCUGCAGUUCCUGGAGGAGCUGCAGCUGGGGCACAACCGAAUCCGGAGCUUGGCGGAAAGGACCUUCGAGGGGCUGGGCCAGCUGGAGGUGCUCAGCCUCAACAACAACCAGCUGCAGGACAUCAGGGCCGGGGCCUUCUUGGGGCUGCACAACGUGGCAGUGAUGCACUUGUCUGCCAACUGCAUCAAGGUCCUGCCUGACUUUGUCUUCAAGGGGGUCACCAAGCUGCACAGCCUCCACCUGGAGCACAGCUGCAUGGGCAGGAUCCGAGCCGACACCUUCUCUGGGCUCUCCAGCCUGCGGCGCCUCUUCCUUCAGCACAACAGCAUCUCUGUCAUCGAGGACCAGAGCUUCAGCGAACUGCACGAGCUCCUGGAGCUCGACCUGAAGCACAACAGGCUGAGCCACCUCUCACCCCGGGUCUUCAUGGGUUUGAGCAACCUGGAGUACCUCUUCCUCUCCUCCAACCAGCUCCUGGAGAUCUCCCAGGACACCUUCAGCCCGCUCCAUAGACUCUUCUGGCUCGACCUCUCCCACAACCAGCUGGAAACGCUGGACAACAUCAUCAUCUCCCCCCUGGCCAACCUGCGGUACCUCAGCCUGAGGAAUAACUCCCUGGAGACCUUCUCGGUGGCAUUCCUGUGCCCCCCCUUUGCCCUGGAGCAGCUGUGGCUGGGGGGCAACAACUGGCACUGCAACUGCUCCCUGAAGGGCCUGAGGGACUUCUCCCUGCAGCACCCCAGAGUGCUGCCGCGCUUUGUGCAGUCGGUGGCCGAGGGGGACGAUGCCCACGUCCCCAUCUAUACCUACAACAACCUCACCUGCCUGCACCCUCCGGGCCUGGCGGGGCUGGACCUCCGUGACACUGCCGAGGAGAGCUUUGCUCACUGCUGA